CUUCCGCUUGGCCAGCAGGGCGGGGUGUGGCGACAGUAUAAUGUUACAAAGUCCGUGUGACGCCGCAAACCUUCCUUGGGUUUAUAGUCAGCCUCACUUUUAUUACUUCGACCCUUUCCCGCACCCCUGGUGUCCCAUCCGCUGCCCGCCCUGCGCUGCAGCAGUCGACCCUUGAGGAGCUACCUCGCGGCUCGCUCUCGCGGAGGAAUACAUCUGCGUGCAGCAUCGCGGAGGGAUACCGGCCCUAUAUAAGGCCGGCGCAGGCGCGCCGAGGCCCUUUCCCGCGGCGGUGGCGGUCGGGGCGGGCGCAGCGUGUGGGCCGCGCGCCGCCGCCAUGGGCUUCGGGGACCUGAAGUCCGCCGCGGGCCUCCGCGUCCUCAAUGACUUCCUGGCCGACAAGAGCUACAUCGAGGGGUACGUCCCUUCCCAGGCUGACAUAGCAGUCUUCGAAGCGAUCGCUGGCCCGCCGCCUGCAGAAUUGUUCCAUGCUCUCCGGUGGUACAAUCACAUUAAGUCGUAUGAAAAGCAAAAGGCAAGCUUGCCAGGAGUAAAGAAGGCUUUGGGAAAAUACGGUCCUGCUGAUGUUGAGGAUACCACAGGUGGGGCCACAGAUAGCAAAGAUGAUGAUGACAUUGACCUUUUUGGAUCUGAUGAUGAGGAGGAAAGUGAAGAAGCAAAGAAACUGAGGGAAGAACGUCUGGCCCAGUAUGAAUCAAAGAAAUCCAAAAAACCAGCUGUUAUUGCCAAGUCAUCAAUCCUGCUUGAUGUGAAACCUUGGGAUGAUGAGACAGACAUGGCCAAGCUGGAGGAGUGUGUGCGAAGCAUUCAAGCAGAUGGCUUGGUCUGGGGGUCUUCCAAGCUAGUACCUGUUGGCUAUGGUAUCAAAAAGCUUCAGAUCCAGUGUGUUGUUGAAGAUGAUAAAGUUGGAACAGAUAUGCUGGAAGAGAGAAUAACAGCUUUUGAAGAUUAUGUACAAUCAAUGGAUGUAGCUGCUUUCAAUAAAAUUUAAGUCUUGAUAUACUUAGAAUAAAUGUUGCAAAAAAUG